GGCUGGGCUUGUGCGGGAGUUGCAGAGGCGGACGCACAAGUUGCAGAAGCGCGACAUGAUUGGUCCCCCAGACAUCGUCGAUGUGCGGGACUUGCACCCAGUCAAGGCGGAACAGCCACAGGUGGCCUUUACAGACCCGGAGCAAGGAGCAUCGCAAAAGCCCGAUCUAUGUUCCAAGUCGGGGGAGCAAUGCCGCACAUCGGGUCGCUUCUCGCGGGUCUGGCUUGGCGCGUGGAAUACUUGUCUGGAUAUCGGCGCCAUUGUACGGCUCCACCCAGUCAGCACACUGACCGCGCCGCUGGCCGUGUUGAUCCUCCUUGCCGGCCUGGGCGUGUGGAGCGUCUUGGCGGGGUCCAUGUCGUACGUACAGCAGCGGAAGGAUGAUGCGCGCAGCCAAGCGGUGGACGCCGCCACGGGCUUCCAAAUCCAGCUCGAACAGACCUAUACCCCAGGUGUCACCUUUUCGCUGCUGGUGCGGCAGCACCCGGAGUGGGAGUACUGGUUGGCUAAUUUCAACAGCACGGCGGAGGAGCUGAUGUCCCGGACGCCCGCAGGGGCCUUAUGGAACAUGCAGCUACAGCCUUUCGGCCAGCUGAUGUCCAUCUACCCCUUCCGCCCCUCCGACGCGGCACUGGUCUCCCCACCUCGGGACCAGCUGACAGAGCCCCUUCGGCGGGAGAGCGUGUUGGCCGCCAUCUCCACUCGGGAGCCCCAGGUCGCUGGGCCGCUGCGGCUGGGACAGGGCUUCCUGGGGGCGCUGAUCCGCUACCCCAUCUUCGUGCCACAAAUUGAGGAUGCGCGNCGGUGUCUCAAUGCGGCGAGGGCGUCGUCUGAGGACCCCAUUCAGCUGUUUGACGUCCUCGGCACGGGAGCG